AUGAGAUUUAUUUUAUGGUGUCGUACACUCGUACAAUGAACAGUCGCAACAUGGACAUUGAUACAGCGAGUGACAAUACGUCCAUCGACGACAAGAUAGAUGACUUUUGUGAAAAUCCUACUCGAGAUGCGUUGACAGAGGGUCUCAUGAGCCUCCUGAAACCCACGGUGGAUCAACUGGAUGAUAGAAUUCGCGCUACAAGGAUAUGCCAAAUUGAGCUGAAGCAACGGAUUGAAUCCUUAACGGAGGAGCUUCAGAAGAUCAACGAAGCCCUGCAGUAUCCGCUGGACACAGAUUCCUACGUGAAGAAGCUUGUUAACGCCAAGCAUAAGAUCACCAUUGUUAGCAACAUUUUGCAGACCACCCAAGAGCGCUUGAACAAGGUGCAUCAAGCUGUCGAGAAGAGCACUGCCAAACGAAAGACGCUCUUAGAUAAUAGUUCCGCGUACAGCAGCACCAGCGUCGAAGCGGACAAAGAAGAGCCAGCUAAAGCGGAGACUGAUAAGCAGCAAUAAUAAAUAUAAGUAGCGUUAUUAUUAAAC